CCUCAGCUCUUGGUCUCCGCCCAGGCCACCCCAUGACCCGUGUUGGAUAGCUCUUAGUGCUUCUUGAAAGCUGCUCCGCAGCCCCUCGUCCAAAGCCCAUCCCCCUGUGCAAGUGCAUCGCCGCGUGCACCCGCCGCCGGAAUACCAUGCUGCCCUACCAGUCGCCGCCUGUUGGAGGCUACUCAACAGCUCCCUUCCCACUGCCGGGCCCGCCGCCCCCGUGCGCCACCUCCGUGCCGACCAUCUCCCAUCCGCUGCACACGUACCUGAGGCGAUGUGUGCUCAGCAAGUCGUCGCCGUAUGGGGCUGUGCAGGCCUUUUCCCCGGGGGCGGGGAGCUCGCCCGCGUUGGCCGCGGCCGAGACCGGGCCGCAUGCUCCGGCCGAGACCGCCGCCGCCGCCGCCGCCGCCGCCGCCGGGCCAGACCAGUCAGCCGGCCUGGUGCCCGACCAACAGCGCCCUCCCGGGCCGGUGGACGCUUCGCCCCCGGCAGGCGCCACCACCGGGGGGCCCAUGUGCCAGGCUGGCCAAGGGGCCUGCAUUCGGGUGCAUGAGUCGCCGAAGCCGGGCUCCCGGCCGGCUGCCCGCGGGGGCGCCCCCCCGGCGGCCGGCGAGCAGUCCGACGACAGCGCCGGCGCCGGGCCCAAGUCCGAGUCCUCCCUGUCGCAGCUGACCGCCAAUGAUGACCACUCCGACAGCCGCCUGCUGGCCGCGCACCGGAUGCACUCGACCGACCACUCGAUGGAUGCCCUGGCCGAUGGGGCAGCCUCCGAGCGCCAGGAAGAGGGCAGCUCCGGCGACCUGCACGCCCUGCCGGCCGCCGAUGACUCAGCAGCCCCCAUGGCCACGGCCACCCCCAGCCAAGGGGGAGCCGAGGGGUCCCGAGAGGUGGACAUGCUCGAUGGCCCGGAGCAGGAUGACCUGCUGGCCACGGUGCCGGCCGCGCACCAUCAGCUGGCCGGCAUGGCCACCCUCCCCUACUCCGCUUCGGAGGAGGACAUGCGCCGGCCGGCAGGCGGCCCCGACUCGCAGGGCUUCUACCCGCAGGAGGACCAGGGAAGGGAGGCCAGCGAUCAGGAUGCCCGCUCCUCCAAUGAUCGCCUGACGGACACCAUGCCGACCGGCAUGCCGGCGCCCCUGGCCGAGGGGAAGUUCGAGAUGCCGGUGUCGGCGGCCGGCGCCGGCACCGGGCCCGGGGACUUCGCCCGCCCGACCACGGGGGGGGGGCCCGCUUCGGCCCCCGGCGCCGGGCUCUGGCCCGCGGCCAAUGCCGAGGAGAUGCUGCUCCCGGCGGUGGCCACCCAGCUCGGGGUCGAGGGGGGCGCCCGCCAGCAGCCGGGCCAGGACCCCGGCGGGGCCACCGGCCACGGGCCAUUCCACCCGGGCACCGACAGCCAGUGGUGGUGGUGGUAUCCGCCGGGGAACCCGGUGCCGCUGGACCCGGCCACCAUGUCCCUGCUGGCCGAGGCCAGUGCCGGCUCUCGAGGGUCCGGCAGCGGCCCCGGCGGCCCCUACCACCAAGCGGCCGCCAUCCCGCUGGCCUUCGUCGAUUCAAGCGGCUCGCCGCCGGCCCACACGUCGGGCCUCGGGCCCGGGGUCCUUUCCUCGCCGGGCGCCGCCGCGACGGCGGCCGCCACCGUCGUCACCGCUGGGAGCCUCCCGGCCGGGGGUCUACGGCGCGGGGUGCAUUUGACCGCCCGCGGGGGCGGCAUUCAGCGCCCUUUCGGGCAUCCCGGCAAGCUGCACGCCAGCUUGGUCUUGCCACUGGCCUUCAACACGCCGUAUGUCCAGCCGUCUCCCGGGUCAUCGGGGAUUGCGGGCGCGGCGGCCGGGGUGACCGGCGCUCCGGCGGGGGCCAUUUCCAGCACCGCCGGCGGGGCCGCCAGCACCCUCAUCGACGCCGAUGCCCAGCGCAGCGACGGCGAGGCCUCCCGGCACAUGGUCACCCUGCCGUCGGAGGGAGGCUCGCUCUUUUGCGGGCGUGACCACCACAUUUGUGCCCUCUGGAUCAAUGACAUCCACUGCUCCAGAAAGCAUGCCGAGAUUGUGCUCGAGUCCUUCCCCCGGCGAAAGGUCACCCUGCGCCUGUUCGGCUCCAACCCGACCAAGGUGUACCGGUCAUUGCCUUCCAGCAGCUCCCUGGUCAACCCGCGGUCAUAUUCGCAGUUGACAUCCAACCCGGCCGGGAUGCUGGGCAGCGCGGUGGUGGCCGGGGCCAAGUCGGCUGCGGCCCAGGUGGCGGCCGCCGGGCAAAACGGCGGCCCCCCCAUCGGCAUGCCGGACCUCAGCUCGCCCUCGAAUGCCUCGGCCGCGGCACACUGGUGGUGGUGGGGCGGCGCGCCGGACCCCGCGCCGGUGGAGUUUUCCUCGGUCACCGGCCAGGGGCAGCUGUCCCAGUCGUGGACCGUGCGCGAGCCCUCGCCACCUCAGACGGCUAUCUUUGUACUUGUCCGAGACGACCGCCUGGAGCUCCGGGAUGGUGACACCGUGGUCUUCCCCAAGGACCAUGCCUAUGUGGUGCACAUCGAACGUGGCGACGAGGGCCUGCUCGGACGGUAA